CAAGUUUUGUUUUGAUGGCCAUUUAAACUGUCAGAGAAUUUUGCCGCCAUUAACGGUUUGUGAAAGAGUGCGGGAAGCCAGACCGCCAGAACUUCGUUUGUUUCUCUGGGUUCAUGAUGUGAGAUUUUUGCUCGGUCUUGGAAAAUUCCGAUUAUUCAGUUAUUGCUUGAUCAUAUAAGUUAACAAAAAGUGAAAUAUGAGCAGAACUCCAAAAUUAGCUUGUUUCAUCUGCAAGAGUCCCGAAGAUGACGAGCUUAUGUUGGGAAAAUUCUAUUCCAAGUGGCGUAUAAGAGUCCACUAUUACUGCCUGCUCUUAACUUCAAAUUUGAUACAAUCCGGAGAUGAUGAUGAUGUCGGAAUUUUUGGGUUCAUGUUGAAGGACAUCAAACAGGAAGAGGCACGCAUCCACAGCCAAAAGUGUUAUGUCUGCAAGCAGCGCUACGCCAAUAUAUCCUGCUGCGCUAAGAAAUGUUUCCGUACGUUCCACACGGCCUGUGGAAUCCGAGCUGGAUGUUUGUCUCACUUCAUAGACACGUACCAGUCCUGGUGUGAUAAACAUGUCGAAAUGGAUUCCGAAAGCGACCCGCACUCGGAACAGGAGCUGUGUGGCAUUUGUUACGACGAGAUGGGCCCUUACAAAAAGGUAGAUUCCGUGGCCGCUCCUUGUUGCCAAAAUGGGUGGUUUCAUCGACGCUGUGUGGCUCAGUUUGCUCAAUCGUCUGGCUAUUUCUUUAAAUGUCCGCUAUGCAACAACAAAGACGACUUCAGCCGAGCCAUGUCACUGAGAGGCGUCUUUAUUCCCGAGAAAGAUGCUGCCUGGGAGUUGGAACCGAAUGCAUUUAGCGAACAACUUGAGCGUCCGACAUCCUGUGAUGCCGAGCAGUGCCUUUGUCGUCAUGGCCGCACUCACGACAGCGAAAAGUGGGAUCUCAUCUUGUGUGCUACCUGUGGAUCAACCUGUCGACAUGAUAAGUGCAUGGAAGUACCCUCGAAGAACUACGUCUGCCUCUUUUGUCGACCAAUUAUUGGGGACGCUCCUCCGCCGGCAGUGCUGGCAUUAGCAGAAGCUGCACGUCGAGCAGAAGAAGCACGUCGGCAAGAGUUAGCCAACGAGUCCGAUUCGUCGGAAUCGUACAAAUCCUGCUGUUCUGACACCGAUAAUGAUUCCGAACCAGAAGUCAAACGUCGGAAAACGAAAAAUCGCAGACGUCCAUCUUCAAGCUCCAGCCUUUCUCCUAUUGUGCAAAAACAAUUUAAGUUGCACAGUUUAGUGAAGAAACUUGCACUGGACGAUUUGGCUUGCAAAAAACUUCUGCAACUGAAACCGGUUAUAAAGCUGGAAAAGCUGACAAAGGACCAAAUAAAGAAAGCCAGCACCCCAUGCGAAGCACCGCCAUUGGUCGAAAAAGAGGAGCCGCCUUCUUCAACCUGUUCUUCGCCAAUUUUUGACUUCAACUAUCGAGCACAGCUGAACAAGAAAAUCCGGCGCAGAUCGAUCUCGGCUUUGCGAGCCAUCCAAGAUGUCAUCCGGUCCGAUACGGACACCCUGACCGAAGGUGAUUGUUGCUCGGUUGAGGGUGACCACGACAUGACACAGGCAAAGCGUGCCAAAUACACCAAACUGAAGUUGAUCUCGGACGCGCUCAAGAGAAAACUAUCCACCAGCGAAUCGGAGGUGGUAUUACCGACUAAGAAAGCAUGUUUCCCGACGCCCGAAAAAUGCCGCAAAACUUUCAUUGCUUCGGAGAAUUCUGAAAACGCCUGCCCCAACAGUCCGCUGAAGACUGGUGGUGGCGGUGGGUCAACAACCGGGAAUAACGUUGCUGAGACGCAAAAAACAGCGGUGCUCCAGAAGGCCAGCGGCGAAAUCAUUGAACUUGGUGGCGGCCACAAGUUUCAGCAGUUGACUUUGAAUCGCUUUUUCAACAAGCCAUCGGAAUCUGUCGAAGUUGUGUCGCCGAACGUGGACAGCGGUUGUCCAAGUAAGGAAAACAACAAUAACAAAGACAGUGCAAUCUCUGCUUCGCGUAAGAAGAGCGGUAAGCGCAGUUCCAGGAAGAAAUUCGCUGGCCAAACUCCUGGAAAAAAUCGGAAGAGUCAGAUCGAAGUGGUAGGAUCGAAGCCAGCGAAAUUUGCUUGAUUAUUUUAAUCGUUGCUAAAAUGAUGACAUUUAUAUUGACUAUUCGAUAAAGGCGCAAGUUUUUGUACGUAUUCUUCCCUUGUUCGGAAAAAUACGUAAUUUUUUUUUCGAUAAUCUUAAAAUUUGAUUACAAUUCUAAAUCUUAAAUUGAAAGUGUCAUAUUUUACAAUAAUUGCCUUGUACUUCAAACUAGAACAGUUUGGAGAAAAUUUUUUAAAUUCACUAUUUGAACAUUUACAUUUACUUUCAGAUCUUUACAAUUCGAUAAAGUAUUUCGUUGAGUUGAAACGAUUUUAAAUAUGUUAAACAUAUACAUACAUAACUAAUUAUACCAAUAAAAUCGCCGGAAAUAAA